AUUUGUGCUCGCGUUUUGACAGGUUUAAGGAUUUUCUAUCAAAUCGACACUGAUACAACGAAGAAAACCGAACAUUUAACAAUCCAAACGAUGUCAGAAGAAAAGAUGGUGGUGACGGCGGCGACUUUUGUACGUCAACAGCUCAUGAAUGUAGCAUGUUCCGGUGGUUCUCAUAAAGAUCAAGCAGAAAAGUAUCGAGCGGUGUUGGAUUCGAUACUAUUAUUGUCCAAUGAAGAAAUGGUUGAUGCUUUGAAGAUAUUCAUUGAAGCAAUUGUACACGAAUAUGUAAGUUUAGUGAUCUCAAGACAGGUUCUUACGGAUGUUAGCAAUCGUUUAUUGUUUUUGCCUGAUGAGAUAUCAAAAGCAGUUUCACAUUAUACAUUAGAUAAAAUUCAACCACGAGUAAUUUCAUUUGAAGAGCAAGUUGCUAGUAUAAGACAACAUUUAGCAGAUAUUUAUGAACGGAAUCAAAAUUGGAGAGAGGCAGCUAAUGUUUUAGUUGGUAUACCAUUAGAAACUGGACAAAAGCAAUAUACAGUUGACUACAAACUUGAAACUUAUCUUAAAAUUGCACGAUUGUACUUAGAAGAUGAUGAUCCUGUACAAGCUGAAGCAUUCAUCAAUAGGGCAUCUCUUUUACAAGCUGAAUCAAAAAAUGAACAGUUACAAAUUUAUUACAAAGUUUGUUAUGCUCGCGUAUUAGAUUAUAGGAGAAAGUUUAUAGAGGCAGCUCAAAGAUACAAUGAAUUAUCAUAUAGAUCCAUUAUACAUGAGGAUGAACGUAUGACUGCGCUUAGGAAUGCUUUAAUUUGUACAGUACUAGCUUCUGCAGGACAACAAAGAAGUCGUAUGUUAGCUACAUUAUUUAAAGAUGAACGCUGCCAACAACUUCCAGCUUAUUCAAUUCUUGAAAAGAUGUAUUUGGAUCGUAUCAUUCGACGCUCCGAAUUACAAGAAUUUGAAGCCUUAUUACAACCUCAUCAAAAAGCAUGUACAAUCGAUGGAUUGGGCUCAACUAUUCUUGAUCGUGCCGUUAUAGAACAUAAUUUAUUAUCUGCUAGCAAAUUAUAUAAUAAUAUAACUUUUGAAGAGUUGGGUGCUUUAUUAGAAAUUCCACCAACAAAGGCUGAAAAAAUUGCUAGCCAGAUGAUUACAGAAGGCAGAAUGAAUGGAUACAUUGACCAAAUAGAUUCUAUUGUACAUUUUGAAACACGUGAAACUUUACCAACGUGGGAUAAGCAAAUACAAUCUUUAUGUUAUCAAGUAAACCAAAUAAUAGAAAAAAUUGCUCAAACUGAACCAGAGUGGAUUGCAAAAGCGACGGAAAAUCAAAUGGUGGAUUAAUACAAACUUUCUAAACGUUAAUUUAACACUCACACGGGACGUCGGACAAAUAUUUGUUACAUACACCAAUAAAAAUUUAGAGGCAAUAAGGAUUGUUAUUAUAAUUUAACUCUACAGAAAAGCUUGUACAUUUAACAAACGUACACACAAUUCAACAUGCCUGUUAAUUUUUUAUGUUAAUAUGCAUGAAGUCAAUUUUUAUAUGAUCAAUAAAUAAAUUUUGAUUUUUGAUGAAUACAAUCAUAAACAUUAAGCAAAUUUGCAAAACAUUACACAAUUUAGGUUUUAUCACUGUAGUUAGUUUAUUAUUUAUGAAAACUAAAAAUUAAAGUAAAUAUAAAACUAUAAAUAAAUUUUAUUAACGAAAUACGCUUAAAAUGUUUGUUCAACAUUUACCUAUGACUGUCAUAAAAUUUACGUAAAAUAUUCUACCUAAAAGAAUAAUACUUUCAUCAAUAAAGCAUUCACAUUGCACAAAGAAUUUAUUUGUAUUUUAAGAACUAAUCAAAGCUUAAUUCAGAUGUUGCUCAAUAUUUAAAUAAUAUUGAUAUAUAAGAAAAUAAAAUUUUAUGAGUACAAACCUCUUAUCCAGUACAAACUUGCCACAUAAAAGUUUGUGAGAUUAUUUGUAACUAAACAUAUUUAUUGUAAUAUAGUAUUUUAAAAAGUCAAAUAUUGUGAGAUGUUAAGCUUUAAGUUACUGGAAUUUUACCUUCUAACAAAACAUGUAUUUCACACUGGCAGUAAUGUUUACAUUAAUUAUGUAGGCAGGAAUGAAUGUUGAUUUCACUUUGAAAAUGAAAGUUAAAUAUGCUUGAUAUUUAACAUUAUUUAAUCUGAAGUCCCUGUAUUUAGCUGUUUAUUUACUAUCAUAUUAGGUGCAGAUAUUUUUACACGAAGAAAUUCAGUUUAACACUAAAUAUGCAGCUGUAAAAACAUAUGUGCAGCAUGCUGUGCAUUCUUAUUUUAACUGACCGCAAAGUUUACAAUUAUUUCACAACUUGAUAACAUUUAUUACUUAAAAAAUAUACUUCCAGAAAAUUUAAACACAUUUUAUUUCUAAUUUAACUUCACCAGUAUUUGUAAUCAACACUGUCUAUGUCUGUAUUUUUUGUUUUUAAGUUUAGAGCAAUCUUUCAUAUCAUUAGAUUGGAAACUUUCCACAGGAAUUAGUAUGGCUGCACCAUAUUAAACGUAAACGAAUUA